GUUUUCAACGUCGAUGUGAACGGAAUGUCGGGAAGAUCAUUUUAAAUCCGGUAAAAUUGUGUAUUGUGUAUGAGAUAGAUUUUUGUAAACACUUGGUUGUUCUAAGUUUUUAUUUUGGAACAAAUUGCCCUUUGUGAAUGGCGAGAAUUUGAUUAAUUUAAUUGAAUUAACCAAGACACAUCUAGUUGAAUGGAGCCGAAUCAGAGGCAUUCAUUGAGUGAGUCUAAUUUCGGUUAGAGUGAUGUUAUACGAUUGAAAGUGCUUGUUGUUCGUAAAAAUAUAGUACGGCAAAAGUUUAUGAAAAAUCGUGUAAUAAAUUGAUUCGUGCAACACAUGGAAAAAGUUUUUUAAAAAAAUACAUCAAUUAUGUGGUCUGCACACACAUGAGUUUUUUGUGUGUUCAAUUGAACAGAAAAUAAAAAUACCUUUUUGUGGAUAAACAACUCUGGGGAUUAAUAUUUGGACGGUUUUGCCAUUGCAAAAGCAAAAUAAAAAAAAAGUUGUUGUGCUUUGGUCAGUGUGCACCGCUUGAAGAACUUGUUCAGGCAAUUGGUCGAAAACCAGCCCAUCGGCAAUAAUACCGAUAAAAUAAAUUCAUAUAUGGUUCAACCCCAUCAGCUUUUACCGUCGUUUGUUUCUACCAAAAAGUGAACAAAAUCUACCAAAACUCUCGAUAAACACUAUUGCAUAAAUCCACAUCAUUAGGGUGCUUUGCCAGACGUGAAUAUAAUGUGCUGUUGUUGGCAAAAGCCAUAACCGUAAUAUAUAUACAUACAAAAAUGGCUUGCCCGGACAAUACGUGAUCCAGUUGCAAAAGAUGAGAAUUACUUUUUGUGGAUGAACAAAUUUUCGUUUUCAGGAUAUUCAACAGCAUUUUGCCUGUAGCUACUCGAGCACAUGAACACACGAAAAUUCUCACUCUAAAAGAAGUGAGCAGCGUAUAAGCAGAAAAACCAUCAUCAUCCAAACAACCCACUUCAUUCCCCUUCAUUUGGCUUUUAGAGUACAUUUUAUCCAGAGAGGGCUUUUGAAUGACAAAAAAUUAUUUUUUUCCAGCAAAUUCCCUAAAAGUGUACACUCUUGAAGUUUUGUGUACAGUACGACGUGUAUGAAUGCUGGUUUAGACUUGCAAAACUAGUAUGCAUUUUGUGUAAAAUAUUCUAUUGAAAUAUUAAUCCAAACAGUGCGGGGACUGAAUCAAUAAAAAUUGUGCUUCACAUAGAGAACGUGAAUAUUUCAAUGAAAUCUUAAUUCGGUUUUGUGGUGACGUACGGGAUCAAUCGAUUUAUUGUAAUUCAAACCGAAUUCCUAUUAAGAAAAGUGGCACUCUUUCAUAUGUGAAAUGUCGAACAUACAGCCACCUUUUGAUAGGGUGGUACAAACCAUUGUAUUACCCAUAAUCGGAUUGUUGCUCCUAUGUACGCGUUCAGCUAUCGGUGAACCGUACGGUGGAGGCAAUGGUGUCGGUAUACACAUUGGUGGUGGCAAUUAUGGUGCCAAUGAAAUGUUAAAGUGUCCACGUAUUUGUACAUGUUCCGGACAAACGGUAGAUUGUUCACAUCGGGAAUUGACGCAAGUGCCCAGGAGGAUACCAUUGGAUACGGAACGAUUAGACUUGCAGGGAAACAACAUUUCAAUGAUAUUUGAAACGGAUUUUCAGCAUUUGUCGAAGCUAAGGAUACUGCAACUCACCGACAAUCAAAUCCACACCAUUGAAAAAGAUGCGCUACAAGAUUUGGUAUCGCUGGAACGAUUGCGUUUGAACAAUAAUCGCCUGAAGGCCAUACCAGAAAACUUUUUAGGAAAUUCAGCAAACUUAUUACGAUUGGAUCUUUCGCAUAAUUCGCUCACAACAAUCGGUCGGAAAAUGUUUAAGGGUGCUCCAUCGCUAAGAAGUUUGCAAUUGGACAACAAUGAGAUUAUGUGCAUGGACGAGCAAGCUUUUAAAGGAUUGGCUGAAUUGGAAAUACUGACGAUCAAUAAUAACAAUGUGACUUCUCUCCAACGAGAUAUAUUCAGUGGAAUGUCACGUAUACGGGCCCUACGGCUUUCCGACAAUCCGUUUGCUUGUGAUUGUCACUUGUCUUGGCUGUCGCGUUUCUUACGUGGUGCACCACGUCUAGCGCCAUACACAAGAUGCCAUUCACCGAGCCAGCUCAAGGGACAGAACGUGGCCGAUCUGCACGAUCAAGAGUUUAAAUGUUCAGGUUUAACUGAGAAUGCACCGAUCGAGUGUGGGGCAACAACGGAAUGCCCUCAUCCAUGCAGAUGUGCCGAUGGUAUAGUGGAUUGUCGUGAGAAGAGUUUAACAACUGUACCGACAGCUUUGCCGGAAGAUACGACUGAAUUACGCUUGGAACAAAAUUUCAUAACCGAAAUUCCGCCAAAAUCAUUUGCCAAUUUUAAGCGGUUACGACGAAUCGACUUAUCGAAUAAUAACAUCUCGAGAGUGGCCCAUGAUGCAUUCAAUGGUUUGAAAUCGUUAACUACACUCGUCUUGUAUGGCAACAAAAUUAAAGAUCUGCCGGCGAAUGUAUUCAGAGGAUUAACAUCACUUCAGUUGCUACUCUUAAAUGCAAAUGAAAUAUCGUGCAUACGAAAAGAUUCAUUCAAAGAUUUGCAUAGUCUUAGUUUGCUGUCGCUGUAUGACAACAACAUUCAGUCGCUGGCUAAUGGAACAUUCGAGUCGAUGAAAAGCAUUCAGACGUUGCACUUGGCUCGUAAUCCCUUUAUUUGCGAUUGUAACCUUCGUUGGUUAUCCGACUAUUUGCAUAAAAAUCCAAUCGAAACAAGUGGAGCACGUUGUGAUUCUCCCAAACGAAUGCACAGACGACGAAUCGAGGCUUUACGUGAUGAAAAAUUCAAAUGCACUGAAGAAUAUCGCACCAGAUAUGCGGGUGAGUGUCGCAUCGACACAGAAUGUCCUGCCGCGUGUCAUUGCGAUCGGACAACUGUUGAUUGUUCCGGUAGAGGUCUGAAGGAAAUUCCAAGAGACGUUCCGCUUUAUACCACCGAAUUACUGCUGAACGACAACGAACUCGGUCGCAUUAAAUCUGAUGGCUUAUUUGGUCGUCUACCAAAUUUGGUAAAAUUAGAUUUGCGUCGCAAUCAAAUUACUGGUAUCGAACAGAAUGCAUUCGAAGGUGCAUCGAAAAUACAAGAUUUACUGUUGUCGGAAAAUAAAAUCGCUGAGAUACAUAAUAAGAUGUUCUUAGGUCUUCACAAUCUGAAAGCAUUGUCAUUGUAUGAUAAUUUGGUUUCAUGUGUAAUGCCAGGCUCUUUCGAUUACUUAACGUCACUCCAUACACUAAAUCUUGCAUCGAAUCCAUUCAAUUGUAAUUGUCACUUGGCUUGGUUUUCGGACUGGCUACGGAAACGGGGACUCAAUGGUGCUACGCCACGAUGUGCCGCUCCAGCGAAAGUACGUGAUACUCCGGUCAAAGAUUUGCCACACCAUGAGUUUAAAUGUACCAGCGAUGAUGAGGGUUGUUUGGGCGAAGGAUAUUGUCCACCGAUGUGCACAUGUACCGGAACUGUUGUACGGUGCUCACGCAAUAAAUUGAAGGAAAUACCACGGGGAAUACCAGCUGAAACGUCUGAGUUGUAUUUGGAAUCGAAUGAGAUUUCAAUGAUUCAUCAAGACAGGAUAAGCCAUUUGAAGUCUUUGACAAGAUUAGACUUGAGCAACAACCAAAUCAACAUGCUAUCCAAUCACACAUUCGCUAAUUUAUCCAAAUUGUCAACUCUCAUCAUCAGCUACAACAAACUGCAAUGUGUCCAACGACAUGGACUGACUGGACUGAAGAAUCUCCGAGUCUUAUCUCUUCACGGAAACCAGAUCUCUAUGAUACCCGAUGGAGCUUUUGGCGACCUUCAAUCAAUCACUCACAUUGCCCUUGGCAGCAAUCCACUUUAUUGUGAUUGUUCGUUGAAAUGGUUGUCCGAUUGGGUGAAACUAGACUAUGUUGAGCCAGGCAUUGCAAGAUGUGCGGAACCAGAAACCAUGCGAGACAAACUGCUCUUGUCAACACCAUCCAACAAUUUCGUUUGCAAAGGAAAAGUCAGCAAUGAAAUUCUAUCGAAAUGCGAUGCUUGUUACACUUUCCCAUGCCAGAACGAUGGAGAGUGCAGUCCGUUGGUUGAACGUCAGUACGAGUGUAUAUGCAAACCGGGAUACCAUGGAAAGCAUUGUGAAUUUAUGAUUGAUGCUUGUUAUGGCAAUCCAUGUCGCCAUAAUGCAACAUGCAAUGUUUUGGAAGAAGGCCGAUUCAGCUGUCAGUGUACCGCCGGUUAUUCGGGUACAAGAUGUGAAGUGAACAUCGACGAUUGUUUGGAGAAUAAAUGCCAGAACAAUGCCACCUGUGUCGAUGGUGUUGAAUCGUACAAAUGUGAAUGCCAACCAGGAUAUGAAGGAGAAUUUUGCGAAACGAAAAUUCCAUUCUGCACCGAGUUUAAUCCUUGCUUGAACAACGCCAAGUGUGUCGAUCAUUUUAGCCACUACACGUGUGAAUGUAUAGCUGGAUAUAGAGGAUCGAAUUGCUCAGAGAACAUUGACGAUUGCCAAAAUAAUAUGUGCCAGAAUGGAGGAACCUGCGUGGACGGAAUCAAUGAUUACAUGUGUAAAUGUCCCGAAGAUUAUACGGGUAAAUUCUGUGAAGGAACUCCAAUGGUGGCUAUGAUGUAUCCACAAACAUCGCCGUGUCAAAAUCAUGAGUGUAAGCACGGUGUUUGUUUCCAACCCAAUCCAUCUAGUCCUGACUACGUGUGUAAAUGUGCUCCCGGCUAUUCGGGUAAACGAUGUGAAUACUUGACUAGCAUCAGUUUCGUGCACAACAACUCAUUUGUCGAAAUGGAGCCUCUAAGAACAAAACCAGAGGCGAAUGUGACCAUUGUAUUCAGCACAUCACAGCAGAAUGGAGUUUUGUUGUACGACGGACACAUGGAACACUUGGCUGUUGAGUUAUUCAACGGAAGAGUCCGAGUUAGCUAUGACGUCGGAAAUUCGCCAGUAUCGACAAUGUACAGCUUCGAGAUGGUCGCUGACGGAAGAUAUCACAUGGUGGAAUUGCUGGCUAUCAAAAAGAAUUUUACGCUUCGAGUUGAUCGCGGAUUAGCGCGGUCUAUUAUCAAUGAAGGACCCAAAGAUUUCCUCAAAUUGUCCACACCACUGUUCCUGGGUGGUUUACCCAACGAGCCUGCCCAGCAAGCAUACGACAAUUGGCAUCUGCGAAAUUUGACCAGCUUCAAGGGUUGCAUGAAAGAAGUGUGGAUCAAUCACAAGCAGGUCGACUUCGGUAACGCAGCUCGACAACAAAAAAUAAAUCCGGGCUGCGCUUUAUUGGACGCAGAUAGUGAAGAGGAAAUGGAGGAUAUGGAGGUGCAAGAAACACCAAUGGCAGUGGAAGAUAUUGAUCCAUGUGAGAAUAACAAGUGUCGUCGUGGUUCUAAGUGUGUCAUCAAUAAUAGCGCUAAAGACGGCUACACAUGCCGCUGCAAGACAGGUCAAAAGGGACGGUUUUGCGAGCAAGGUGAGGGCAUUUCUGAGCCCACAGCAACUACUGCUGCAUCAACUUGCCGCAAAGAGCAGGUCCGUGAAUACUACACCGAGAACGAUUGUCGAUCCCGACAACCGUUGAAGUAUGCCAAAUGCGUUGGCGGAUGUGGAAAUCAAUGCUGUGCAGCCAAAGUUGUGAGACGUCGCAAAGUUCGCAUGGUGUGCAGCAACAAUGCCAAAUACGUGAAAAACUUGGACAUAGUCCGCAAAUGCGGAUGUACCAAGAAAUGUUACUGACUGGAAGAUGCGGCUACCCAACCACCACCAGAAGCGUCGAAAUUGACAGCGGGCGAUUCGACGACAAUCUCAGUUAAUGAAGAAGAAAAUCAAAAUGAUGAACAAGAACAAGCAGAUAGUUAUAGUGUAGACGAUUUAUUCGAUGAUGAUUACGAUAGUGACAAUGAGGGUGAAGAUAUUGUAUUAGACGAUGAAGAUGAUGAUCAAGGUAAUGAUCAAAAAGAUGAUGCAGACGAUGAGGACGAUAUGUACGACGAUGAAGAGGACGUGGUAAAGUCCAGUAAAAACUCAGAUAGCCUUAGAUUAGAUUUUAUAGACAAUUCUAGGAUAAACAACGACAGAAAGAGUAGUGUUGACGAUGACGACGAUGAGAGUCAUCUGUUUUCUUUACGGAGGAAAAAUGCAAAUAAAUUAGGUAGUAACGAUGCCAUCAAAAUAAUUUCAACGCCACACGGUAAGGUGGGAAUUGUUUAUCAGUCAAACGAUGGCAACGAAGAUUUAUCGAAAAAGGGAGCCAAUGAAAGUAUCGAUAAAUCGCGAAAAAUAACCCCAGUACUAACACCCGACGGCAAAGUAGCUCUACUCUAUCGCGGAGCGUCGGGUGGCAGCACUAAAUACGAGCCGAUUCAAAACCUAACGAGUAAUGAAUUUAUGACAAAAUUCCAAGACAAUAAAACUAGUUCAAUAACAAAUUCAAAUGACGAUGAAACGACUGAACAACAACCAAUCACUGUUGUGCCUGAUACCACAACUACAACGAUAAGUUCCACAACCGUUCGAUUCGGUAACAUCAACGAACCGAACGAAGAAGAAAAUUCAAUUUUACCAAAUAUCAAUCGGCCGUUGUCCGAAGUGUUGGGCAUAAAGAAAAAUCAAUUCACUCAAUUCCGAAUCACCGAUCGUAGCCCAACGGCUACGCCAUCGUUGAGUGGCCAAAAAGCGGAUGUGUCGUCAACGACAUCCAAUAAAAUACCAGACUUGUCGAAUUACGACUAUGAUUACGGUGUUGGUGAAGUGGAAAAUGAUGUGUUGUUCGGUGGAUCGAACAAAGUCGCUGUGACAGAUUCACCGAAUCACCUUGUCGAAGAUACCAUCCAACCGACAACAAUAUCCGAUGUUCUGUCCAAAACGGAAGUGAUCAAUUUAGCAAUAAUACCGGCAUUCGAAAGUGAUUUGCAAUUGAUCCAACAACAGGAAUUAGAACAGCAACAGCAUUCAAACCAUCACCGUAAACAUCAUAGACAUAGACAUAGACAUAUGCAAGAUCUAACAGCGAUCCAUUGUGCCAUGCAGGCAAUGGUUGCAAUUGCCGCCAUGGCCACAAUAUUCGGUAUGCUAGGAGCGUAUUUCAAGACACGAAUUCUCGAUCAAAUAACGAUAAUGCACUGGUAGGAAUUAAUGGGUAUUCGAUUUUGGAUUGGACUCAGUCGAAGAGGCGGAGUCAUUGUUUGAAUCCAAAUUUUUAUUUUCACUUUUUGUACAUAGGGCCGCUAAGCCAAGUGUUUUGAGUUUUUUUAUUAGUUUUUUAUUGGAUAAUCGAAUACCCAGUGACAAAAGGAAAUUUUUUUAAUUUUUUUGAUUUUUUAAAAUUAUUGUAAGGCUGGAUCUAGUAAUUGAACAGGCUCGGUGUCUUGUGAGAUGGAAUUGAGAAACAAUUUUUCAAAAAUAUCGACCAUAUUCUUGGUCAUUAAUUCUUCCUUACAAUACAAUUGCCAUAUUCCUAGCUGUUGGACAGUUAAACAGAUUUCAAUUUCAUCAGACCACCCAAUUUUUCCAACAACCCCUCACAAAGCCAAGCCGACCAGGGUCUAUUUUCCUCAAUUAUUUUUCACGAAACAUCACACGAAAUUUGAAGAAAAACGUUGUGAUUCUCCACAGUUUCGUUAAUGUUUGUAAAAAAUAUGUCGAAAACAGGCACUGGAGCCGAUACAAGAAUUUUUGUAUUUGACCAAAUUGUUGAUGUAUACCAAGUGAAUGAAUUCAAGUCAAUAUAUACCGAGUGCAUCUCGAAAUUAAUGAAACCAAACCGAAUAAAGUUUAACGCGAAGUUUCUGAAUGUUAGAUCAUUAUCUGGAAAGUGAAUUUUGCUGGCCUUACUUAUAAUAUCCCUCAUUUAAUGAUGAGUUGAAAUUGAUAUAAAAAGCAUUUUGAUAAAAUAAACUGAAUAAAUAAUGAAAGUAAUCUUAUUAUAAUGAUAUGACCUAUAAAAAUAUUAACCGAUCGAGACCGAACAGGAGAGAAAUAAAAUACUAAAAGUAACAAGAAAAUAAAAUUCCUCGAAAAAUUACCUAAGACUAAGACUAUAUGAGAAAGAAUAACCAUCCCAGAAUAAUACCUAAACGAAGAAAAAACCUAGUAGAAAGAAGAAUCUGAACACCCAAAGGAGUAAUUACACUAUAACUAUGUAGAAGAAUAUUUAACUGAGAUAGGGGUAGCCGCAUGAUUUAAUUUAUUAAACAAAAAUAAAAAUAUAUUAAAACGGAGAGACAUUACAAAACACAUGGAGGAGACGAUGAAAAUAAUAGGAAUAGAAAAUGAAAUAAAAUAAAACUGAAAGUAAAACUAAACAAACAAAAAAUAUUUAUAUUUAUAUGGAAAAAUCGUUCUUUUUACUGUAUUUUGUACGUUAAAAAAUGAUUAAAACAAAAUGGUAAACUAAUGAAAUACAACUAAAACGCCGUAAGAUUAACUGUUUUACAUAUUGGAAAAAAGAAACAGAAAUAGAGAGAGAGAGAGAAAAUAAAAACAAUGAGAAAAAUUUGAUUGAAACCGUUACGCUAUCGCUUAAGUUCUUUGUAAAUAUUUUUAACUUUUAAGCAAAAUCAAACCAAUUGCAGGCUCAUUUCAAAUAUUUUUUUUCUUUUUCUUUUUUUAUCUUAAAAAACAAACGCUUCAUCAUCUCUCUGUUUCAAUGUACCGAUCAAAAUAUAGAUUUCAACCUUUUCUGCCAUUUUAAAUAAGAUUGAAACACUGAAACCACAUAAUUUAUUAAUUAAAUUAAAUUAAGUAAAUUACGUCUAUUAUGGAAAAAACGACCCGUGUAAUAGAAAAUAGAAAUGAUUAAUGUAAAAAAAACAAUGCAAAAAGUAUUAAUGUAUACUGUUUUAAACAGUUUUAUAUAAAAGAAAUAUAGCAAGUAAAAUGCCGAACAUAUUCUGACAGUUUUGAUAAACGGAAGAAACACAAGAAUUGGAAUAGACAAAAAAUUAAAAGUUAAAAAAAAUCAAAUAAAUUGUACUAAGCAAAUACAUUUAAAUAUGGAAAAAAGAUGUUUUUUGUAUUAAAUGUCUUGCAGCGGAUGAGUGCUAACUAUAUAUAAGGAAAUUGAUUUUUUCCUUUUGUUUUUCG